AUGAAUUACAUUAUCAACCCAUUUACUAACCGAAGUAUUAGAGUUGGUGGUUCCAACAGAAAGAGUGAAGAAGAGAGUGAUAUUGAAGAUGAAAAAAGUGAAGAGAGUGAUAUUGAAGAGGAAAAAGGAGAAAGUGUUGAUGAAGACAAUGAAUAA